ACGAGGGAUAGUGGGAGUGAACGGAGUGCUAUUCGCGAAUAAGCCCUCGCCUCGGAGACAAAAUUAUGUGGGUGUAAAUGAUAAUACACGAAACAAGACAACGGUCAUGUUCUCAGCCAGCGUCCAUGGCCGCUUCAAAGAGCUGCUGCUGCUGCUCUCGUGGCGAGCUCUGAGAAUCCCACGCGCCACCUCCAUCCAAAACCAAGCUCUCCACUUUUCCAACACUCCAUGCAAAUCCUCACAAUCCCCUGCUUCUCUCUUCCUUUGGAUCCAUGACACUGUUUCUCUGCUCCUCAAAUGCCUUCCCUUUCCUCUCUCUUCACUCUGACUCUGAGAGAAGCUUUACUAGCAGAACAUUGAGGAAUGUCUCUCUUUUUUCCAUGGCUCCCCACCAACCUUUCUCUGGUUUGGUUUUUGAGCCAUUUGAGGAGCUAAAGCAUGAGCUUUUCCUCAUUCCAUCUAUGCCUGACCAAUCCAUUGCUCGCCAGCGUUUUUCUGAUGAUUGUGAAGCUGCUCUCAAUCAACAGAUUAAUGUUGAGUAUAAUGUUUCUUAUGCUUAUCAUGCAAUGUUUGCCUACUUUGAUCGAGAUAAUGUGGCUUUGAGGGGGUUUGCAAAGUUUUUCAAAGAAUCUAGUGAAGCAGAGCGUGAACAUGCUGAAAAACUUAUUGAGUAUCAGAAUAAGCGUGGCGGUAGAGUCAAUCUGAAUUCUAUACUGAUGCCUCUGAGUGAAUUCAAUCACUACGAAAAAGGCGAUGCCUUGAAUGCGAUGGAACUUGCAUUAUCACUCGAGAAGUUAACCAAUGAGAAGCUUCUUAAUUUACAUGAUAUAGCUGUAAAGUGCAACGACGUUCACAUGAAGAAUUAUAUUGAGAAUGAAUUUUUAGGAGAACAGGUCGAGGCGAUAAAGAAGAUAUCUGAGUACAUUGCACAACUAAGACUGGUGGGGAAUGGGCAUGGAGUUUGGCACUUUGAUCAGAUGCUUCUCAAUGGAUGAAUAGAGUACUAGUCUUUUAUGUGCUGCUUUCAGUGAACUCAAUGUUAGCAGUGAUAUCAUAUGUAUGCAUGUAUUAAUGGAACUCUUUCUUAUGAAUUUUCUUAAA